GCACUUUGUGCUUCCUUUAAAGGAAAGCUGAACAUUGGCAUUGACACCAUUCAGCAUGGGGUAGACGGACUAGUGUAUCUUCUUACUGAGAGUUCCAAGCUUAUGAUUUCUGAGGUUGACUUUCAAGAUUCCAUUCAUGUUUUGGGAUUCUCAGAUGAACUGAACAAAUCUUUGCUCCAGCUGUACCUUGACAACAGGAAAGAGAUCAGGAGCAUUCUUGGAGAGCUAGCACCCAGGCUUCCCAGCUACCACAGUCUGGAGUGGAGACUGGAUGUGCAGCUUGCAAGCAGAAGUUUGAGGCAACAGAUCAAGCCUGCUGUGACUAUGAAGCUACAUCUUAACCAAAAUGAAGAUCAAACUGCCCAGGUGUUGCAAACUGACCCUGCUACCCUUCUCCACCUUAUCCAGCAACUGGAGCAGGCAUUGGGGGAGAUGAAGAUGAACCACUGUAGAAGAAUAGUGCGCAACAUGAAAUAACCUCAACUCCUCUCUGCUCUCUUACUAAGCAGUUUGUAAAACAACUCAAAACAUUGCUCACAAAUAUAUUUUGAGGAAAAAUAAACAUCUGGAUCAGAUGAACUGUUUUCCUGUGCCAGGAUCUUGAGCCAGUAUUUACUGGCCAAAUGUCCUCAGCUGCCAGCUUUGCACAUUUAUAUGUGGUGAUCUUUUUCAUAGAACCAUCUUCAUAUAUAGUUCUGUAGUAACUAAAUGUGAUCAAAUAUUACUGCUUUUGAUUUUUGAUUAGUAUUUUUCAUGUAAUUGAUCUCUGUUUUCAGAUGAAACACAAGAUUAGCUCAUACAUAGGUGAGUGGCUUCCCUCAUUCUGUCUCUCCUCACUACAGCCAUAGUCUGGAACUCAGGGCAGCAAAGCAGGAGUUUUAGAUACAAAUCCUAGAAGCUUCUUCUGUUGUUUCACUAGUGCCUGAUGAAUCUGAACAUAUUUACCUUUUUUUCUCUUAGAAUGUUUUAAAUAAAAAUCCAGCUGCUAUAGAGCUGAUUGGCAUCAUGGUAAGUGCUGGCAGUCUAUACACGGCUCAUAUCCUGAAGCAUGUGCUAACUGAGAGUGUUGAGGGUUUUCCUUGGGGAUUCUGAGUAAAAUGGUCAGUUGAGAAUGCAGAAUGUCUCUGGAGAGCCUGCAUGUUCCUUUGUGCAGUGUGUUGCAACAGUGAAAAAGGAAAAGCUGCAACACUGAAUGGUUUUGUUUCCUUUACAAAAAAUUACCUCAGCUAAAGAUGAUCAAAGGUAAGCUUUGAAGCUGGAUGAAACUGAGAGAAACUCAAAUGCUGGCAGUGAUCCACAAACAGACUCAAGGAGAGAGGGAAGGAGAAAGAUCCUUUACACCAAGCAUCUUACUUGUAAAUUGUACCUUUCAGUUUGUUCUGGGGGAAGUACUUAGCCUGGAAAAGCAGUUGCUCAGCAGCAGGAUUUGGGCUUAAUUAUUGGAAAGGAAGAUUUGCCUUUCAAUGAGGUUGGUACUGGUCUACACCUCUGCAAGUUCUCACUUCUCUGUCUUCACAGCAUCCAGGGCAGCUCCUGUGGGCUUAGCACUUAAGCCCCGCUGGUGAGUGUGCCUGCACAGCAACCGGCUCUGGCUGUCGGUGCCUCUGUACAGCGGCUGAGGCUGGGAGUGAAAAGGCACAUGUGUCAAUAACCCAGAGAUACUGGUAAAAUAGGAACUCACCCUUGGAUGCAGACUUUGAUUUUAUUGUAAACUCCCAAAUUAAAGGUGGCAUAUUAAGCUAAAUUUAACACAUCUUCUGUAAUUUGCACUUGCUUUAUAGAAACCCUUGAACGUGACAGGGAGACUACAAAGUAUUUUUCACAAGCUACUAAAAAGUUUGGUUGCUGCUUUUAACCCAUUUUAUUUUUAAUAGAGUUUUUAAAAUUUACUACUGUUCCAUUGUGUUCUUUGUUCUCCACUGCCAUAUAGUUCAGAGGAAAAGAAGUUUUCUGUUCCUGUGUGGCUGUUCACAAAUGGUCAUGGAGCACCCAGCUGUAGUUACUGCCUGCUUGGAGUCUCCUGGCACAGAGCAAACCCAAAGCAGAGACAGAACCAUGCCAGGCUGUGCUGUGCACUGGUCUAUUGAGAAAGAAUAAGGCUUGCCCAGAGACCCUGAAGUGUUAUUUUAUAACAGACAUCACACAUGCUGCUUCACCUAUGUAGGUUUUCUCAGAAAAAUGUUAUUUUUAUUAAGAGCUUUGACAUAGAGCAGUGAUGGAUCUUGAUUAAAAAUUACGUGUGGCAUUAUUUCUUUAACUCAUUAGAUGCUCAUCAUAUAAGGGUACCUUUAAAAGUGCACUUCUUCUGAGCUGUUUGGUUUUUCAUUGAAGUAGAGAUUGAACUUGCUGCUAGAAAAUCGAUUACAAAUAGGGUAUAUUCAAAGUACUGGGCUUUAUAAAUUCUUCAGAUGAACACAAAAUCUCUGUGCUAUUCAAAAACAUUUGAACACCAUGUGAAAUUGAGAUAAAAUAAUGUUAUUGCCUUAUUUUUUACAAUGUACAAUCUUGCAAUGAGAACAAAGAAAUAAUGAUAAGGAGCUUUCUAUAUCACAUUUGUGAUUUGGCUCCUUUAUCACUUAAUCCAGCCCCAUUGUGAUGGAAGUGUCCUCGUCUUCCACAGACUUGAACAUUUUGAGUCACUUGCCCUGAAAGCUGGUGGUCAUAUUUUUUUGUCCAAAGAAGGAAGUUACUAUUUCUAAACAAAGACUAGUGACAACAAUACUAUGAAAAUUUAUACUUAUGGUUCUAAUCACUUCCUAAUUAUUGGAGAAAAACACUUUAGCCUACACCAAGUGGUACAAUAGCAGAUAAUUGUAUUAUUCAGUAAAAAGUGCAGCUGAAAUACAUCUUGUUGAAGAAGAUGGUUCUAAUUGUAAUAAAUGUGGCUUAGGUUUAAGACAGAUGCGUACAUACUCACGCAUAAGAUGCCAGGCUUAUGAAAGUGGUUUAAUUAUGAUAGAUGAGAUGGCCCCAUGCAUGAGACUGUCAGAGCCUUCCUUUGAAGGGACAUGUUGCCUAGAAAGGAAUGGAACAGGUAGAGAGUGCGUGUUUUGUGUUCACUCGAAGAUACAGAGCCCUGGAAGCAAAAAAAGCUCUUUUAAAGGCUAUGAAAAAUCAUUCAUGUUCAGAUCAUUAUCUGUGCAACAACCACAUGCACACACCCUCAGAAUCUCAUAUGCAAAGGAUUUAAAUAAGGCUAUUGCAGGAAAGAAAAAAAGAUACGUAAUGUCUGCAUAGCCCUGGAGCAGGUGCUGUGAUUAGCACUGCUCUUUGAGAUUGUUGCAGCAAGGAAUCCAGUACAAAGCAGUAAAGAAUGGUACCAGAAUUCUUUGGGAAGGGAAAUAUAAACAAGUCUCAGGAGUACUGGGUUUCCUGACCAGAAAUACAGCAGAUGUUGGGAAAAUAACAAAAAAUUAAAAACCCUCAAAACAAAAGCAACAAAACCCUCAGACCCUCACAAAAACAAAGAACAAAACAAACCUCAAGGAGGAGAUCUGCCAAGCCAAUGGAACUAUGAACAGGAAAUGUGGUGAAAUGUGACUUACAAGGAAUAUUUGUUGAAACAAAGCCAUCAGGAAAUGCAUAGGAUCUGUUUCACAGAGCUAGCUGUAGUUCCUGUACAGGCUUAAACUGCAACUCUGAGAAUCUGCAUAAACAACAUUUUAUGUAACUGAUUGGAGGGACAAAGAUGGUUCGGUCAAGCCCACAUUCACCACUAGAGAAGCCAAAUGCAAUUUAGAGAAGUUUAUGCAUCUUUUAAAGAAAUAAGGAAUAAAGUUCAGAAAAAAAUUACUUAAGGCUUUUCUAAGUGUAGAUUCUGAUUACUGAGGAGGGUAUAUUCUUAUCACCAUAGCUUAGAGUCUAAAACACAGAAAUAAAAUAACAAAAUGCAUUACUAAAAUAAUAAAAAUAAAAUGCUAAAUAAAAUAAUGUGCUUGUUUAGCCAGUGUGUGAUAUCUGUGUGUGUAGUCAUAAAAAUACUGGAUGCUUCCCUCUGUAAAAACCAACACAUAAGAUGGAAAGUGAACAAUAUUAUUCUUUAUAAAUAAAGCUACUGAACUUGAA